UAGAGAUUUCGUUUAUCAUAUUCACGGCGCCAUGGUAGAGAACAGAGGCUUCGCUGCCUUGUGCUUGUGCGACUGAACCAUAGCUUUUACUGCGUUACUCUACUGCAACGAGGCGCGACGGAGCUUUGAGUCUUCCUGAGCAUCACAGGUCUUCUUCUUUCUUCUCUCACGAGCUAUCGUGUCCCCUGAUGAUUGCACAGCAGGUUCUCCCCUCUGCUUGAGAUAUAAAGAAGGAACAGGCCCUUGCCUCAUUCAGUGCUUCUCAGUUGCCUGGAAAAAUGGCAGUCAUGCUUCAAUCGUGUAUGAGCUCUCAGAGUGGAGUUGUUCAACCUUCUCUCAGUUGUACGAGUAAAGUGUUUAUGGGAUUGAAACUCCAAUCCGCAAGUACAUUCGGAACUGUUAAACCGAACCUGACAGUUGAAUUUCAUGAAAAGGUUCAUAAGAGCGUUCAUUCCAGGACUAGUAACAAGAAACCAACAAAAGCACGUUUUGGAAUGAUGCCCAUAGGUACACCAAGAGUGCCUUAUCGAACUCCUGGAGAAGGAACUUGGCAGUGGGUAGAUUUGUGGAAUGCUCUUUACCGAGAACGUGUUAUCUUUAUCGGGCAACAUAUAGAUGAAGAGUUCAGCAACCAAGUAUUGGCAACAAUGCUUUACCUUGACAGCAUGGAGUCUUCCAAAAAGCUUUAUUUGUAUAUCAAUGGUCCUGGUGGAGAUCUUACUCCAAGCAUGGCGAUAUACGACACUAUGCAGAGUCUGAAAAGUCCUGUUUGCACCCAUUGUGUGGGAUAUGCUUACAGUCUUGCAGGCUUUCUUCUUGCAGCUGGAGAAAAGGGUAACCGUGUUGCGAUGCCCCUUUCAAGAGUUGCAUUGCAAUCUCCAGCUGGGGCAGCACGUGGUCAGGCUGAUGACAUUCGUAAUGAAGCAAAUGAGCUUCUCAGAAUCAGAGACUACCUGUUUGGAGAGUUGGCUAAGAAGACUGGCCAGCCCGUUGAAAAGAUCAACAAGGACUUGAGUCGAAUGAAGCGGUUUAAUGCUCAAGAAGCUCUGGAAUAUGGGCUUAUUGAUCGUAUAAUCAGGCCUCCACGCAUUAAGGCUGAUGCUCCACGAAAGGAUGAAGGAAAUGGUAUUGGUUAGUGGAUUAGUGCUUAUCAUGCAAAUUGGCAUCGUCCAUGGUUUCUAAAUGUCAAUUCUUCCAAUGGUUAUUUACUUUUUGAAGCGUCAUUGUUGGUUCAGUCAUGGUCCUCAUGGAGUGGCCGAGUUGGGCAGAGGUUCCUUUGGCAUUUUGUAAUAUCAGCAGCUAAAAUCUUAGGGGUUGGGGUGGAUAAAUAGUUAUUUUUCCAAAAUUAGGUAUUUUCAAGAGAAACAGCAAGUAGCGUCAAUAUUUACUUGUAGGGGAAAAUAACACUCCCUUCGUUGUA